AUGAUCUAUGAUAUAUUUUCUCGCAAAAGAUUGGAUCCAACGGUCAUUAGCGCAAGCUUCGUGAGAUUAAACCUUCCAGAGCAGCUUUUGACCUCUGGUUCUCUGGGUUGGGAGAGCAUAACCUGUUGCGGAAGGUGGUUAGGUGAGCAGAAGUUGAUUAAGCAGGAUUGCUUUGUGGUCUUCUAUGCUCAACUUGUACGAGCUUUAGGUUAA